GUAGGUCUUGUCCGUGCAUUGCAUGCUGGUUCUUGGGGUUUAAUGGCGACACGGUACAUUUGGUGGAAUGUACCAUAUAUAUCUAUGGAAUGUACACUUGAACACAAGUUACACUGUUUUUUUUUACUUUGAAGGAGGAUAGCAGUCCAGGAGGCUGAUGUCAUUUUAAAGCAAACCGAAGCAUGGAGGUCACUAAGGCUGCAUGUAAACCCCGAUGAUGGAUUCCUUAGCAAGAAAUACAAGUUCAGAGAAUCCAGGAAUGAGGCAGCCAGUCAAGGCCCAUCUCCUGGCCUCCCAGGAGCUUCUAGUCGAGUCCCUGUACAACCUCGCCCCUCUACUGGACUGUGCCCUGGCCUGUGGGCUACUCUCUCAGGACAACUACCACGAGGUGAAGGCAGAGAAGACGCCCCCCAACAGGGCGCGGAAGUUGCUGGAGGUGGUGCAUGCACAGAUGGAUGAGGGGGGUGCCUCCUGCUUCCUUGAGUGCUUGAAACGAUGCAAACAUCACUACCCUCGCCUUCGCUCUUGGCUAUGUCAUGACGCAGCUAUCCAGCGUGGACCAACAGAGCACCGACUUCAGGCCCAGUGCUCAGAGCUGUGUGCUCGCCUGGGCCACUCCGUCCUGCCUGUCUCCCUGGCUCUGUUUUCGGCUGGCACCGUGACCCAGUUUGAGCUCGACCAGGUCCAGUCAGCCACCACCCUCUACCAGCAAGCUCAGAAGCUGCUGACUAUCUGUCUUUCCAAGGGAGAGAGUGCCUGCAUGGCUUUUUACAGUGCUCUGGACCGAGAAGAUGAGAACCUGGCAGACGAGAUCAGGACUGGUGGUUUGCCUGAAGCUCUUCCUGUUCUAUCAGUGGAAAGUGAAUCUGAUGCCCAAAAUGUAGCAAUAGCUUUAGUGGACACCAGUAUUGCUACUGCAGAGACGGGGCCUGAGUCAGGUGUACUACAAGAAGUGCUGGACCAGCUUGGUGUUGUCAGUGGAUUGGAGACCAGGUUGAAUGUCUAUGAGCUGGGUGCCAUGCUGGGUCUGCCCCGCUGGUCGGUCAGGAAGGCCCUGCUGGAUGAGGUGGGGGUGGGGGAUGGGGCUCAGGUGGAAGUGAUGGUGGAUCUCUUCCUCCAGAAGACCCAAGAUGCACCACUUUUAGUCAGCAGAGUCCGGCAGUGCAAUAUUCAGAGAGCACAGCUGUCUGAGAGGGGUUGCCUAUUGCUCAAGCUCCUCCAGGAAGCUGAUGCUUUGCUCCACCGCAGGGACUUCCUGCAGGCCGGGGGCCACGCCUGCUUUGGGGAGCACAAAGACAUGGUGGAGACCAUCUUCUGCUUCUUGCUUUGGGACUGCAUGGCACAGAUCCUGGAGGUGCCUACCUCUGAGCCGGGCAGGACCGUGCUGGGAUACGUGGCUGAGUUACGGGUCAGUGAAGUGGUGGAUGUUUACUUGCUCCAGGAGUUGGAGGAGUGCCUUAGAGAGGGAGGGGCCGAGGCCUUAGGACAGAGUGUUCGAGCGCUGGCCCAGAUCCUACGGGACCUCAACCCCCUACAGGACUGUCUCCACCUCUCUGCUCCCCAAGAAGGAAUAUACUCCUGCCGUCCAAGCCAACUUCACAGGGUCACAAGCUUCCAUGGUCUGCCGGCUCGGGUCAUUCGCAAAGCAGGUGGAAGUAGUGGGGUCGUGUUUGACCCAGACGUGCAUUCACUGCCCAGACAGUACAGAGAGGUGUGUCUGAGGGUGCUGAGGUUGCUGGAGCGAGUGUGCCCAGGCGGGAGCUCUGUUGAACUUCAGAAUGCUGCUGAGGCCACCAUCACCCAGCAUCUCAAAUUCACUUUGUCCCAGGAGGUGUUUAACAUUGAGGUCUUUGAUGCUGGGGUUCGGCACCGUUUGCUGGGGAUUCUGGAGUUCAGCCCUGGACAGCUGGGACUGCAGUCACUAAUGCAGUUACACCUUGAGACGCUAUCGGGACUUGAGCGCUACCUGCAGCAAGGUGAGCACCACAGCUUCCAAAUGGUUCUGGAAUCUGUGCGAAUGUUCGGAGGGGUACAGCUGUGUUACGUGGAGCGCACUAGAGGGCCGGUUGCCAUAGACCACAGCAUGGAGGUGGUGUUCCACUUUGUGACAUCAGAGCCAGCCUCCUUCCUAGUCAGGAUUUGUUGCUGUGGCUACGAAAGGGGGCAUCGCUUUGAGGUGCACAACCCACGGUGUGUGUGUCUUUCUCAGCUGGACUGGGCAAGCCUAAAGGAUAUGCAAGGGGACACAGAUGGGAUAGUUCUAACAGAACACGGAGGCAGUGUGUGGGUGAGAGAGGGGAGUGUGGGCUGGAUGGACAAACUACAGGCCGUAAUGCAAACAAACAGUUGGCCACUGAAUGACCAAGGCUGCUGCUUCAAGGUCACCAGCUGUAGGUCAGAAUGUGAGAUCAAGUUCAUCUAUAGAAAUGGACAGAUAUCAGCCAGUACUGUUACAAACUGUGAUGUCCUAUAAUUCUCCAUAAUGCUUUCCAAAGGGAAACCAAGGCAAUGACGAUAUAUAAUAUUAGUAUAAUGACCAGAACAGUACAUUUACACAACUACAGGAGACCAGUACUCUUCUUUUAUUGUAACUCUGCCUUCUGUAAUUUUUGACACUCAUUUGAAUUAUGAUGAGGCCUGAAUUUUGAGAUGAGAGUUCUCAGUGGGCAGGAUAGGACUGGUAAAUCCCUGAGGUAGUCUGGAGCCAUGCUGUUUUGCAUCUUACAAGGAGUGUUUUUAAAUGUACUCUACUUUUGACAGGGAGCCAGUGAAGAAAGGCAGAGAAAUUACAGGAGAAAUGUGUUCAUAUUUUUGUAUGCGAGUGGCAGCAUUUUGUAUUAGCUGGAGGCUCAUGAGUGAGGGAGUCGUUACAACAUUAUGUGAGUCAUUACUUUUCUACAAGCGAAAGUUGAAGAAAUGUGCCAAUGUUUGUGGAAUUAUGCCUUAGCAUUUCCUGUGUGUGGACACCAAUACCACAAAACAGGAAGGUUGAUUUUAGGAGGACUUCACUAUUUUACCCCACUCGUGACUCCUGACCCACUGCAGUAGCUGGUUUCCCACUUUUGUCACUUCCUAAAUCUGUAACUAUGUCUUAUUGUGUUGAAAAUAGCCAAAAGGGUCUAAUCACCCGAAAUUCAAAUAUGGAAUCAAUAUACUGUACAUUGUUAUACAAAAUAAUUACAUAAAUGUUGACUCGUGUGCUCAUAUUUAAUAACUUAAUUGAUGUACAAAUGACAUUUAAUGUAAAAAAAGAAAGAAAAAAACCCAAACCACAACAAAACAACUGCAUUGCAAUAAAAAC